AUGGUAGGUGAUAUAAUGACCAUGACACAUGAUUGGACACAGAGGGAGAUACAAGAAGGACGACGUCUCGUUCAAUUCUUUCGAGAAGAAGAGGAAGCUCAAGCGAUGAUCCGUUGUAGAUUUCAUCCGAUGGCGACGACAACAACAACAACGAUGGAAAGUGUGCCCACCAUGAUGAUGGUCUCGUGUAUCUAUUGGGAGGAAAAAAAGGACUAUUUUAUCACUUCAGUGGAUUGUAUUCAAUUGAUUGAAUUUCUUUUAAAAAUCAAGUUUAGUAUGGAAGAAAGAAAUCGUGUUCGACGUAAUUUAGAAGGAUUUCGUCCUUACACUGUAAGUAAAGGUGCAGUGGAGAGUGCUCGUUUCUUUCAAAAGAUUAUGGGAUUUCCAAAACCUAAACCACGUAACAUUGAAAAAGAUCUCAAGGUCUUUUCCUGGAAGACUUUACCUUAUGCUUUAAAGAAAAUUGUCAUUAAAUACACCAUGACACUCUGA